GCACUGGAGCAAUGCACAUUUGCACUGGAGUCGCGAGGGCGUUGCAGGGAGAGAGGGAAUUGUUUAUUUUCGUAGCUAGCACUUUAGCAUUGUUUACCAGUCAGUAUAUUGCGACCAUGUUUGUCUUGUUUCGCCACUGGCACAAUUGAGAAACAUCAAAGAGUCAUAUGUCAUAAUUAGAAGAUUGUCAAGUAACGUUAUUGGCUCGAACUUCGAUUCAAAGAACACUGGUUUUGUUGUCGGCUAGCAAGCUAACUAGUUCAACGAUAAUAACAUUUUAGGUUUGCUACGAGAAAGUAUUAGCAUUUAAAAAAAAUUGUAAUUUAGCUACACUGACAAUUAGCUACAACUUAACCACACGGGCACGUCAUUUUUUGAUUUUAAGCGAGCCUACUACUGUAGCUAGCUGUUACAUAUGUAAAUGUUAACCAUAGCUAGUUAGCUGGGUAUGCAAACUAGUUAGCUUUUGUAAGUCAUAUUUGUGUAACUAACUAGCUAAGACUGUGUAGGAAAGUAGCUAGCUAAGUUUGUGAUGCUAACGUUUGCUUGCUAGCUAACUAAACAUGAUGGCAUUAUUAAUUUGCUGCCAGUGAAUUGAUAGUACGGUAGUGCUCUAAUGUUGUUAUUUUCUUUCUCCCUCACUGCAGUCUGUCCUGUACACCCCACCAGUAGAGUGAAGGGGACACAUUCCAUUCUAACCCUGGCAAAAGGUUUCAGAAAAUGUGUUUUUGACUCAUUGAUCUGGAGUGAGGACUGAACUGGAAGCCUCCUUAAGAUUGAACUCCCAAGUAAUAGAGACUGUGGAACGGUGAGCAAAAUGUCGAUCACAAACACCCCCACAAGCAAUGACGCUUGUCUGAGCAUCGUGCACAGCCUGAUGUGCCACAGACAGGGUGGAGAGAGCGAGACCUUCGCCAAGCGAGCCAUUGAGAGCCUUGUUAAGAAACUGAAGGAGAAGAAAGAUGAGCUAGAUUCUUUAAUCACAGCCAUCACCACCAACGGAGCUCACCCCAGCAAGUGUGUCACCAUACAGCGCACCCUGGAUGGACGCCUGCAGGUUGCGGGGCGUAAAGGCUUCCCCCAUGUGAUCUAUGCAAGACUGUGGCGGUGGCCUGACCUGCACAAAAAUGAACUGAAGCAUGUGAAAUACUGCCAGUUUGCUUUUGACCUCAAAGCUGACAACGUGUGUGUUAACCCGUACCACUACGAGAGGGUGGUAUCACCAGGGAUUGACCUUUCAGGACUGACUCUUUCAAGCUCAGGCACACUCAUGGUCAAAGAUGAGUAUGAAUUUGAGAACCAGCCAUCUCACUCCGGUGCGGACGGCCACCAUCAGACCAUCCAGCACCAACCCUCCAGACCAGGGGGUCCCCAGGAGUCGUUCAGCAGCCCGGCCCUGCUCCCUCCCCCUGAGGGCAGCAGCUCAGCCUCCACCUCUGCCUUCUCCAGCCUCGCUGCUGGAGCUUCAACCCAGUCCAGUAGCCUUCUGUCAGGGAGCCAUAGCAGUGAAGGUCUGCGGAAGCUAUCCUCAGGGCCAGGCCCAGCACAGGGACAGAGCUCACAGCAGAAUGGCUAUCCCCUGGCACAGAGCGCCACAUACCAUCACAGUGCCACCUCAGGCUGGCUGAGAAACGGGAACUUCUCCCCCCCAGUGCCUCACCACCAGAAUGGGCACCUGCAGCACCACCAACCCAUGCCCAACACCCCACACUACUGGCUCUCGCACAAUGAGAUUGCAUUCCAGCCCACCAUCUCCAAUCACCCUGCCCCUGACUACUGGUGUUCCAUUGCCUACUUUGAAAUGGAUGUUCAGGUUGGGGAGACGUUCAAGGUUCCAGCCAGCUGCCCCACGGUGACUGUGGAUGGGUACGUGGAUCCCUCAGGAGGGGACCGCUUCUGCCUGGGUCAGCUCAGCAACGUCCACAGGACAGAGGCAAUCGAGAGAGCCAGACUUCACAUUGGUAAAGGGGUGCAGCUGGAGUGUAAAGGGGAAGGGGACGUGUGGGUGCGUUGCCUUAGCGAUCAUGCAGUGUUUGUGCAGAGUUAUUACUUGGACAGGGAGGCAGGACGUGCCCCAGGAGAUGCAGUGCACAAGAUCUACCCCAGCGCCUACAUCAAGGUGUUUGACCUGCGCCAGUGCCACAGGCAGAUGCAGCAGCAGGCAGCCACAGCACAGGCGGCAGCCGCAGCACAGGCAGCAGCAGUGGCUGGAAACAUCCCCGGGCCUGGCUCUGUAGGAGGCAUCGCCCCCGCCAUCAGUUUGUCUGCGGCGGCAGGUAUAGGAGUGGACGACCUGCGCAGGCUGUGUAUCCUGAGGAUGAGCUUUGUGAAGGGCUGGGGGCCUGACUACCCCCGGCAGAGCAUCAAGGAGACUCCGUGCUGGAUUGAGAUCCAUCUCCACCGGGCCCUGCAGCUACUGGAUGAGGUGCUGCAUACCAUGCCCAUCGCUGACCCCCAGCCCCUGGACUGAGUUAUAGAAUGGCAACACUAACUUGACUUUGUUUAUAACUGACAAUACCACAUGCUGGACUGACUGCCCAUGCUGUGUAGGCUAGCCCAUUUGAACGCUGUCUGGGAUGAGAGAGGGGGGUGAAUUAUUUUUUUCUUCUUCUACCCACUGGCAUCAAAGCCAGCCAGGGUUCCUUCUCUGAAGAUACCAGCUCAUGAAUCUGUUUUCUACUUGCCUCAGAAUCAGGAUAUACAGUCGUUACUCAUGGAUGCUUUUCAUUCUGUUCUACUCAUAUCAUCCUGUUCAUUGACUGACAGAAGGCCAUGUCAUGACACUUUAUAUACUGUAUUUGAGUUUUAAUGCUGUUUUUUUUUAAAUGGUAUAUUAGCUUAAUUAAGCACUUUAUUGGUUUGCUUUUCAUGUGCUUGUUUUCAGUAUGUUGUCUUGUUGUUAGUUUAGGUAUGCAGUGUGGGGGUAGUUUCCGCAUACAUUUGUAGUUUAUCUUAGAAUAUUCUGCUUUUGUAGCGAUGAGUGGGAUCCAGGCCAGAUGGUGUUCACUUCAUGGACUUCAAUGUUUUCAGAUGCCUCGACAGGUGUUCAUUUCAGUUAACAUUUUUAUCUCCACUUCAUAUUUCUGUAAUCAUGACUUUGAUGAAUUGACUUGUGGUAACAUUCCUUGGAGAUAUUGGAGGAAAGGUAAGGAAGUCUGAAGCCAUAUUGAUGCCAAAUGAAAGGACAGUCCUGUCAGUAUUGUGAAAGCUGUAAAUAAAUACAUGUUUUUAUGACCAGAUACUGCAUUAUGAGAACAUCAGCAAUUGUGUGGGCCUGGACUACUUGUCACUUUAUAAUUACAAACCGUGUUGUUCGAGCCCUGGAUGCUGAAAGCCGUAAUAUGAGACAAUAUACCACAAAACGACUUGUUUACUGUUCUAAUUAUGUUGGUAACAGCAAUAAGGCACCUCAGGGAUUUGUGGUAUAUUGGCCAUAUACCACUCCCCUUUGGGACUUAUUGCUUAAUUCUAUAUUUUUCUGCCUUAUGUUUUAAAGUUAGAAAAUGAUAAAUAUGUAGGCUAAGGACAGACGUGCUUCAGUGCCCGUCCUUUACCUUCAUAAUUAAUGAAAAUAAAAUGGUGUAUAAUUUG